AUGAGAUUCAAGAUGCGCUUCGCUCAAUUCCUUAUUUUGCUGAUUUCGGCAAUUCAUUCCGCCGCUUCCGUGGUUAAAAAGCGUGACGAAAGCAAUAGUUCAUCAUAUGCGAAAUUCGAUAAUACAGCUAAAUUGGAAUUGAAUUCACAACAGAAAAAAGUCAUAAGAAUCGGGCACAUUGGAGCUGUCGGUAUAAUGCCAAACGAUGAAAAAAUCUUGAACAUCAGCAAAGAGUCGCUCAUCGAAAAUGGAAUUAUCGGCGAUGACAUUGAAAUUGAAAUUAUCUCGAAAAAAACUUGCACCGAGUCAUUCGAAGGCGUCGCCGUCGCGGCAGAAUUAUAUCACGUUCACCAAGUUAGGGCAUUCAUCGGACCUUAUUGUUCAUCGGAACUGGAAGCUGUAACUAAAAUGGCCACAUUUUGGAAUAUACCCAUAAUUUCAUACUCAAAUGUACCGAAUGCGGUGUCUGAUAGAAGUGUAUAUAAAACACUUUCGAGAAUUUCGUCUAAAAACACUAAUUCACUGGCAGAAGCUACAGCUGCUUUAUUGUUGCAUUAUAAAUGGUAUCGGGUUGCGAUUGUCACGAAUACUGGAAGCACUGCUUAUGAAAAAGUUCAAGUUUUUGAGGAAAUCAUUCACCGUGUUGGUAUUCAAUUAGUCAAAAAGAUUACUUUUGAUGAAAAUUCGGACGCAAAGGAUAUGGUAAAUUCCGGACAACUUAACGAUUUGGCUAGCAACGCAAGAAUUGUCAUACUGUUGUUCUCAUCAUCGCGAGAGCUUUCGAAAGAAUUCAUGCAAGCCACGUUCACUGUUGGAAUGAACAACGCUGAAUAUGCAUAUAUUAUUCCUUGGAUGCAAACAAGCACAGGCGAUUCGACACCUUGGAUUGGAUCAGACGGCGAAAUGAUGCAACGUGUGAAGGAUCACUAUGCCAAUGCGAUUAUUGUUGAUGACGUUAACGGAUUCGAUGACACAGUCGUGAGUUCAUUCGUGGAAAAAGUGGAGAAGCACGGAUUGACAAAAGAUGACAUUUCUGUUAGCGACGUUUACGGCUAUAUUCAUCUGUUUGACGCUCUUAAACUCUAUGCUCUGGCCAUCAGAAAAGUGUUAAACCAGACGGCAAAUGAAGCAUAUAUUACAAACGGACAAUACGUUUGGAAUCAGAUGAGACGAAUGAGCUUCGAAGGUGUCGUUAGCAGGGCAGCAAACGAAGAAACAAAAGAUGCUGGUUCUGUGGGUACUGUCCUUAUGGACGAUGUCGCUGAUCGAGCCCCAAUAUUUGCCGCGUUCUUCAUAUCUCCAAAUAGAGAUCGUGUUAUGAGAAUGGUGAAUAUGGAGAGCGAAUUGCUUGCGAAUUGCGACGGAAUCAAAAACAAGAGUGGAUGCUUCCAAUUGAAGUUGACCGAUGCGAUGAUUGGCUUCUGGCCAAGUGAAGAUGGAUCGAUGCCACUAGAUGAGCCCGCGUGCGGAUAUCGAGGACAAAAAUGCAGCUAUCUGCUAGAAAUUAGUGUUGGAUCCCUUGUCAUUCUACUUGCCUUACUCUCAAUUAUUUUCCUAUGCCUCUUCCGAUAUUGCGAAAAUAAGCAAUUGGAGAAAAUGCCGUGGAGAAUAUUCCAUGAUGAUUUGCAAUUUAUCGAUGAGGAACAGGUCAAAUCAAUGAUGUCUGUUGGAUCGACGAGUACCAAAUUGAGUAACAUGAAGACGGGACAAAAGCAGCACGCAAUUAUUGGUGUGAACACACACGCAACUUAUCACAAGUACCCACAAAGACGACCAAUUCGAUUCUCAAGGGAAGACAUGCAGCUUCUAACACAGAUGAAACAAGCAGUUCAUGACAAUUUGAAUCCAUUUCUCGGAGUUGCAUUCAAUGAAAAAGAGGAAAUGCUAGUGCUAUGGAAGUUUUGCAGUCGCGGAACUGUUCAAGACAUCAUUUAUAAUAUGAAUGUAGUACUUGACGAGAAGUUUCACGCUGCAUUUGUGCGAGACAUCACAUUGGGACUUGAAUACCUGCAUGCUUCACCAAUCGGAUACCAUGGUUCUUUGACACCAUGGGCAUGUCUCAUAGAUCGAAACUGGAUGGUGAAACUCUCCGAUUUCGGAAUCGCAAAUCCUCUUGAGCGAUGGGAAAAGCAAGGAUCGAUAACUAUCACUGCUGUGAAAGACGAAGAAGAUAAAAGCCAAGCAGCACAAACAACUUCCGUCCUCUAUCAAGCACCAGAACUUCUAAAAAAUCGAGAGCAAAACAAGAGGAGGGGAGCAGAUCAAGCGUGGAUAAAGCAGUCCAUGUCGAGAAGACAAGCUGGAGAUAUCUAUUCAUUCGGAAUGAUUAUGUACGAAAUAUUGUUCAGAAGUCUUCCUUUCCGAGAAAAUACAAACAUAACUGAACUCUGUGAGAUGGUGAACAAUGGCACGAAGCAGGUAAUGCCGGAGAUUCAGAAUCAACUCGGUCUUCAUCCAGAUCUAAAUGCGCUUUUAAGAGAUUGCUGGAGUGAAAAUCCGGAGAUUCGGCCUUCAGUUCGUCGAGUUCGUCUAAAUACGGAAAUGGUUCUUAAAACGAAAGGUUCUCUCGUUGAUCAGAUGAUGCGAAUGAUGGAACAAUAUGCAAACAAUCUCGAGAAACUUGUAGCCGAACGAACGGGCAUGCUGGAGGAAGCGAAUGUGCGAGCUGACAACCUUCUUUCGCAACUCCUUCCAGCAUAUGUCGCAAACGAACUCAAAAUGGGUCGAUCUGUUCCACCUAAACUUUAUGCUUCGGCGACAAUUCUCUUCUCAGACAUCGUUGGCUUCACAACAAUUUGCUCGAAUUCGACUCCCCUCGAAGUCGUCAACAUGCUCAACGUGGAGACGAUUGGAGACGCGUAUAUGGUAGUGUCGGGAGUUCCGGAAGAGAAUGGACACGACCAUUCGAUGAACAUUGCCAACGUCGCUUUGGACAUGCGACAAUAUUUGACAGGCUACUCAAUUCCGCACAGAACGACGCACCGAAUCCGAUGUCGUUGGGGAUUCCAUAUGGGUCCUGUUGCUGCUGGAGUUGUUGGUCUCACCGCACCCAGAUACUGUCUUUUCGGUGAUACCGUGAAUGUUUCUUCAAGAAUGGAAUCAAGUGGAUCGCCGGGAAUGAUUCAAAUGAGUUACGAAGCGCACAGCCACCUCAAGAAUCAUCACCCACACUUUGUCACCGUUGAGAGAGGCGAAAUUGAAGUCAAGGGUAAGGGCAAAUGCCUCACAUUUUGGCUCGAGGAUCGCGAAGGCGAUUUAAGUACACAAAAUUAUAUCAAUAACAUUGAAGGUUGCUGA